GAACAUGGACACAAGCGUUAUUCUCUUUUUAAAUUAAUCGAUGAGGAAUUAAAUAGCAGACGAUGGAUUUGGACAAUUAGCAAUGAUGUUUUUUGAUGUCCACAUAUUAGUCAACAUAUUAAUUUGUUUGUUAAUACCUAUAACAAGCUGAAAACAUUUACUAAUGCAUAAACCGUAAUAUCAAAUCCAAUUUACAAAAAUAAAUCGAACAUAAACGAAACAAAUGUAAAAUAUUUUACAAACAUUUCCGACAAAAUUAGACAAAAAAGAAACAUUUCCGACAAGAGAAAGAAAAUCGGUUAAAGAAAAAGCUUAAAUAAACCCGUCGGUGAAUUAAAUUCCUUAAUUGGUGCAGUUAUACAGACUCCAUGCAAUGGGAGUGGACCCAUCUGCACCAGAUCAUUCCACCCAAUUCCACUAGAACAACAACAGCUAGCUAGCAGAAGGUAUCGAUUUGAUUCCUCACUCACCACCUAAAAAGAAAAAUUAAAUUAAAUUCCCCAAAAUACCCUUUAUAACGUUAACAACACCAAAAGGUCAAAACGUAGUCGUAUCACCACCACCUUCAUGUUCUCCACUCAGCUUGAGAUGCGGUUGCCUUCAAUUUUAAAAACCCACAGCUGAAGAAAAACGCCAUUCUCUCUCUCUCACUCGAGCUUCCGUUUUCCGGCGGAUCACAAUCGGAAUCUUAACCGUCGUUGUUGCGAAGCGAUCUUACGAUGUUUGACGGUAUCUUAGGCCGCGGAUUUGCUCCCAAGGGGAAACCACUGAUAAAACUGACUAAGAAUCGGAUCGAUGUUCUUCGGAGGAAGAGGACUGCCACGAUCAAGUUUCUCAAGGGAGAUUUUGCUGAUCUUAUCUCUAAUAGCCGUGACGUCAAUGCUUAUACCAGGGCGGGAGGGCUUCUUGAUGAACUAAGGCAUCUCUGGAAUCUUGAUUUUGUUGAGAGCACUUGUGAUUUCGUGUAUAAGCAACUCUCCACCAUGCAGAAGAUGGAGGAAUGUCCUGAAGAUUGUCGUGAAGCUGUGUCGUCCUUAAUGUUUGCAGCCGCUGGAUUUUCUGAAUUGCCUGAGCUGCGUGAACUGAGGCAGAUGUUUCACGAGAAGUAUGGAGAUUCACUUAGUGUGUUUGUCAACCAAGAACUUGUUGAGAAUAUGACAUCAAAGCCAUUUUCUUUGGAGAAGAAAGUGAAGUUGAUGGAAGAUGUUGCAUCGGAGUAUGCUAUUCGUUGGGAUUCUAAAGCUUUUGAGAAGAGGAUCUUGAGGCAAAAUGGUAGUUCAGUAAAGGAUACCACUCACGAGAAGCAUAAGUCUUUAGACGGAAGUGUGGCCUUGCCAUCAGAAAGGAAAAAGGAUGUUGCAUCAGAGAGAAGAGAUCCUUUCUUUCGACCGGAUAAUUAUCAGAAUGGUCUCAGAGAACAUCAGCGUGGGCUAGCAUCUAAAAAUAAGUCAGAUGAUGUUCGUCACGCCUCCAGAUCGGAAAGCAAGGACGAUAAGGCAGAAAGGAACGAGUUCCAUUUGCAACCGAAUCACAAGUCUUCCAGAGGAAGACCUCAACCUAUUUUUAACGAAGGUGACACUAUAGUGAUGAAGAUCAAACGUGAGAAUCUCGUUCAAGGGGUUGGACAUCAAAAUGGUGAAGCUGCUGCUGCGCCUAAGAAAACAGAGGUGACAGAGAAACACAAGCGUAGCAGCACCAAAACAGAAGAUAAGUUAGUUCUUGGCUUUAAGCAAGAAAGUUUCUUCAAAGGCUACAAACAUGAGAAUGGUGAAGAGCAUGCGCCUCAGAAAGUAGAAGAUAACCUCUCAAUGCCUCCAAAGCCAAGGUCGAAAAGAACACCAUCUAUAGAUUCAGCCCGUAGACAUCGCAGCGAUCACGAGAGGAGAGAAAACACAGUUCCUGUGCGAGAGGGCACAGAAAAAGAUUCAUCUGCUGGUAACAUCAAGGGUGGUGGAGAUGGAUAUGAUCCAGUAAGGAAGUUUGAGGAGCGGGAAGCGGAGAGAAUGAUGAAGUCCCUUCCCCCACCUCCGUAUGUUAAACCGAGUGGUAAAGCAAAGAUCGAAAAACCUGAAGCUUCAGCUUAUCCAAAGGCUCGGUUUGAUGGUGAAGAAGGAAACUGUCAAGACACUGAUAAAAAGGUUUCUGAAGCAGGUCAGCAUCAAGUGAAUGACGUAGAUGAUCAAUCUCUGAAGCGGCGAUCUAGUAGAAGAAAACACAUUAUACAAUCGAAUGAUGGUGAUGAUGAUACAAGAAGCAGCAGAAGAAGGGAACACUCAAGGAAAGGCCUUCAAGUCUUAGUAGAUGAAGAUGAGAAGGACAGUGAGGAAAAGAUGAUGGAUAAACUUCUUAUGCAUUACAGUAAAAAGCCUUCAAGUUAUGAAGAAUCUAAAAGCAGACGUUCACAUCGUAGAAAAGCAGAAGGUGAAGAGAUUCAUCAUCCCGCUCGGUCACUCAGUCUCCCCAGUGAACAAUUUGCCGGACCAUCUGAACCCGCAAAGACGUUUGCUCGUGCCGCCUCGUUUCAGCCAGAACGUAGUGAAGCUAAGCACGUUCACCCCAAGUUACCUGACUAUGAGGAUUUGGCUGCCAGAUUUGCAGAGCUAAAAGGAAGGUAAAUGUUUUGAGCAGUUUAUGAGCUUAGAGAAACAUAGUGUCUGUAUGGAGAUUACAUAUUCUAUUACCCAUUACUCACUUCUUACUAUUACUUUACCAUUGUUGGUCUGACACAUUGUUAUUGACCCCAAAGAGUUAUUGAUCAUUUGUUUGCUAUGUUGGGCUUCAUUUAAUAGUUUAUAAACAAAAUUGAAAGGA